CCUGUGGGUCAUGUGACCUAUCAGUAUAUAUAGCUGUGGCGGGUUGUUUUUUAGUUAAAUCAGUGAGGAAAUACAGUGGAAGUGUAUGUACAGAGUAGAGGAGUAGAAGUUUAAUAUUCCGCGGGGCUUUGUACAUUUAGAUACAAACAAGGGGAGGAAAGGAUUAACUUGAAGCAACAAGUUUAUCGCUAUUUAAUGUUUACAAAUUUUCAGAGGAAAAACAUGAUGUUUAAAAAGCCAGGGUAUUGUGGCCACUUCAUACCCAAACGACAAAAAUGGCCCAGAACAAACUGGUCAAGAACAGCUGGAAAUCAUUUUAGCCAAUGGUCAGAGGAAGUCGAAAGGUUAAAUGGCCCAGCUGGACCAGAGCAUUUUGGAAAAGAUGAGAGGUAUCAUGGAAGGUACCAGCAGCAAGGAUAUGGAAAGCACCAUCAAGACGCCUAUCAGCAACCUCGAGACUACAGCUACCAGCAGAACCAGAGAAACUAUUAUCCGGAAAACCGGCAUGAUCAGUUCCGACAACAUUCGUCGCAAUAUAGGAGUCAUUCACCUCAGGAUUCUAGGCAAACUUACCAUGAUAACAAAGAAAAUAAGAACAACCCUUAUCAUCCAGAUUAUUACAAGGCAUCUAAAGAUGAAAUAAUGCGUGGGCAUACUUGGAGUUCACGUGAACAAAGGCGUUCUUAUUCACCAAACAGGUCACAUGAUAACAGAUCACAUGAGAGCUGGUCACAUGAUAGUAGAUCUCGAAGGAGAGAAGAGCACCGGAGAAGACGUUCCCCACAAAGAAAACAUCCAAACAGUCCAAAAUCUGCAAGAGCUCCAAGAAAUUACCGAUCUAGAGUUCGUUCCUCUAGAUCUCCUUCAGGGAGUAGGAAAAGAAGUAGGAAAAAAGAGAGACGAAACAGAUCUAAAUCAUCAUCUUCUGUAGCCUCGGAAUCAUCAGCUGGCUCCGGCAGAGGUGAAAUGUCUCCUAAAAAGAGAAAAAUAAAUGGUUGGGAUCUAACCCCAGAAAGGAAACAUGCACCAGAUAACAGAAGGAAAACACCAAUUUCAGUUAGAAAAGUUGACAAAAAAUUAAAUUUUAAUUCUCGUACUCCAUACAACAGGAGCCGUUUUACUCCGUACAACAGAAGCCGUUUCACAUGGAAGAGACAAGAAACAAAAGAUGAAACGACAGUUGGAGAUCUGACAAUUCCUCCAAUAACGAGUGACGAAUUCAGUCAGCGAAGCGAAGAGGCAGAAAGUAAUGCAGACAAAGAAGAAAGUGACAACAGCAAACUACUCGACAAUAUAGAAACAGAGGGUAAAUAUAAAAUUGGCAACGAUGCUGAAAGCAAAGGAAAAGAAGAGGUGAAAUCAGAAAAAUGUGUAAGUGAACAAAUUACACAGAAUGAAAACACAGCUGCCACAACAGAAUAUGAGGUUAAAAUUGAUCAUAAAGAGGAGAGAAAUGCAUCAAGUGGUGAUAUGAGCAGUGAGUAUUAUGAAAUACGAAAUGUAACCGAAAAUGAUGCUUCAGAAAAUGAGGUUCAACAUAUUCUCAAGAGAAAGGCUUCCAUUGAAGAACGGAAAUCUACAAAAAUUGAAAAAAAAUCAUUUGAGACAAAUAAUAUCAUAGAUGAUGAUAAGGACGAUUCAGAUCACGACAAUACCAUGGAAGAGAUAAAUGCAAACAACUGUUGUAAUGAAGCAUUGAAUUCACUAAGAAAAACCGAAAGUUCUAAAUCUGCUUAUCACAUUAAUCAUACCAAUGACAGAGAAGUAUAUGAUAAUACCGAUGAAAUGACAAAAGAGAAACAGCCAGCAUUUAUUCCUAACAAGACCAUAACCCGAAGAGAAACUCUUCCAAGUACUCCAGUUAUUAAUAAUAAUGAUAAAGAAGUCAAUAAGAAUACGAUAGAGGAUGGUGAAGAAGAAAAGUUUGAACAGAAGAAGAAAAGAACAGUUGAAGAGUUGAAAGAAACCCUUAUUAAAACAAAAAGUAUUGGUAAUGGGAUGAUAGACAAAAUUGUGUCUCUUGUGGCAAGCAAAGCUAAGAACAGCAAUGAAACAGCUCUUAGCAAAAAUAAAACUCAAGAUAAAGACAAGAAAGAAGUUCUGACAAGUGAAAUAGCAACAGAAAAUAAUCAUGAUGAAAAGUUAACAAAAAACAACAAACAAGACCAAAACCCAAAAGAUGGAAACAUUUGGAGAAAGAAAACAAAAUAUGAUGGAAAAAUAGAACCAUCAAAGAGCAAAAAUGAAAAUGACAAUUCAGCAGAGAAAAUACAUAGCAAAACGUCUGUAGCUAAAACUGAACACGAAAAGAUAAGUAAGGAAAAUAGCAAAAUACUUGAAAAUCCUGUUAGAAAGAGCGAUGAUGGAAAUUUGAAAGAACAAACACAGAAUGAAAAGUCAGUGACAUGUAAUAAGAGCGAAGAAGUAUCUAUUGAUAAAUGUAGUAAAAAACAUUCAAAGCAGGAAAUAGUGAAAGGAUGGAAUCCUGAUGUUACCAAACAUGAAAAGGGGAGCCAUUUACGAACACAAAUUAGGUCUGAUGACGUUAAACCAAACUUAACAAAACACAGACAUCAUGAAGGACAGUUUACUUCACGGUGCGUUAUUGAAAAACAAUUUGAUCGACCAGCUAGCCCCGAAUGGAAGGAAUCACCACCUCCUUACACUUCACAGUCAAGUGUACAAAAUAAGAACUAUUAUUUCAGUGGUGGGCCAUCAAUGAUCACAGCUAAAGAACAGGAAGGUAAAGCUGAUCUGGUAAAUACAGCUAUUGUAAAAGGAACAGUGAACAGACCUACUGGCGAUAUAUUUAUCCCUCUUGUGAAGCCAUCUGAGAAGAAACGCAGGUUUACUCCAACCUCCCCAGUCCCAGAAUUUAUUGGUGCUGCUGGUACUAAACCAGGACAUACACCGGAAAUAGUGAAGGAAAAAGAGACAAAUCACCUAGCAGAAGUGGAAAAUAAUAUGAAAGGUGUUGGUGUCAAUAGAUGUGCAGAUAAUGCACUUCUCGAAGAAAAGACUGUUACAGGACACAAGCAAUGUUUAUUUGGAAAAAGUGAGAAACGGAUUUCUCAUUUCAACACCAUAGAUAAAAACAAAGUCCCAAAACAUCAAGUUCAAGAUCUUAGAACGAAAUUAAAUAAUCGAUCGCAAUUGAAAAAUGCUGCACCAAAACCAGCAAAACACCCAUUUAAACGAUUUCCAAUAAACAGAAGUUCCAAGUCUAGUCCAUUGAAGGUUCAAAGGAAAGAAGUGAGCUUAGAAAAGGAAAAUACUAUAUCCAAAGAUGUUAAAAGGGCUCGAUCACAUAUUGAGUCAAGUACUGAGACCAAAUUUUCAGAGUCACGAGUUGCAAUGCCUGCAGUUGAUAACACUUAUAGUUCAAAAAGACCUGAUGAGAAAAAAACAUAUGGUGACAAAUCUAAAACUGCAACGAAAAGAAGUAGUGAAGAAAAACAUUCAUAUAAGUAUACAAAUGAGAAAAAGAGAAAACAUGAUGAAAGCAUUGCAGAAAAUAAAAUGAAAAAAAGCGGGAAUGCAGUUAGUUCAGAAAAAAGUGAGAAAUUUAAACAUAUGAAAGUUGAAAACAAGAGUCAAAGAGAAGUGUUGGAAAAGAAUCCAAAACUCCACAAAUCUUAUUCAAGGGAAAGUAUAGAAGAAUUGAAAGUCAAAGAUGAUGGCACUAAAAAGAAUUUAACAAACCAAAACGAACAAAGAGUAAAACAUAAAGAGUUUCAUCGUGAAUCAAAGAAAGAUGAAAAGGUUGACAAAUUACACAAUUUAAAUAAAUCUUUAUCAAGUGUUUCAAAUUCAGAAAAGCCAAAAAGUGAAGAAAUCAAUUGUUUGGACGUUUGUAAAACGUUUGAAACGGAAAACUGCACUAAUGUUAAAGAGUUGACAGGUGUUAAAAAAGACAACGACCAUUCGGAAAUUACUACAAAUUAUUUCAAGAAACAUAACCUGAAAGAAAGAAUGAAAUCAAAAUCGACAUGUUUGAGAAGUGAUAAACAAGUGGAUAAAGAAAUAAAUUCUGAUAAGAAUUUGUCAAAAGAUUACAAAAGAAACAUCUCAACCAAUGAAACAAAAUUGUUGAAUGACACUACUGGUAAUUCUGUAGCUCAUGUAGAUAGUGAAGUUAAAAAGGAUGACGUUCAUCUACAAGGGGACGAAAAAAACAACGCCGACAACAGGAUGACAAAACUCGUUGGUAUCAAAUGUUUAAAUAGCCCCAUAGCUCCCCCGAACCAUUCUAUUGCAGAGAAUGAAAAACAAGAUCCAAUAGAUUUAAAAAAUGAUAAGCAUUUAUCAAAAGAGAACACAAUAACUGAUACCUGGAAGACAAAAUUGGUUGGUGUGAGUUAUAGUAAAAGUGACUUAAAAGCGGAAAAAGCAGCUAAUGAAGCAAUUGAUACACAAUCUAAUAAACAAAGGGAAAUUCACAAUACAUUAACAAAUGAGAAAACAAAUAAUGAUCUCUAUAGUCAGAAUUCCUUCUCAGCUUUGAAAACUGGUAAAGAAAUACAAAGUCAGAAUGUCCCGAAGAAUGAGACAACAAUUAGAGAAAUACAAAUUCAGAAUACCCCUAAAGAUGACAAAACUGAGAGAGAAAUAGGAAUUCAAAAUACACUAAAAGAUGAGAAAUCCAAAAAAGAACAAGCAACCUUAAAAUGCAAGAGAAUUGAUAGAAAAACAGAAACUAGAAAUUGCGCAAAAGAUGAGAAUUCUAAUAAAGAUACAAUAAAUCAGACCGUCUUACAUGAUGAUAAAACUAUUAAAGAAUUAAAUGUUCAGAAUGUCUCAAACUAUGACGAAACAAACAGUGGAAGACAUGUAGAGAAAUUUGAAAAUCAUUUUAACCGGAAAGAGAAUGACUGUGAUUCAAAACACAGUGAUAGUAAGUCUGACUAUGAAUCGGACAUGGAUGAUAUUGAACCAAUAGAAAUGAUUGGUUCAGUCUUUAUGAAUGAUAUUACCAUAGACGAACCUAAUGAAAGCAAUUUGAACAACCGUAUUGACGUUGACAGUAGUGAAACUGACUUUAAAGUUGACUAUUGUGAUGAUACUGUUCUGUUUCAAAGUAAAGAUCCUAAUGAUUUGUCUGAAAAUACUGAUGAAGCUGACAAAGUUAUUGAACCAAAAACUACGAAAGAAGAUCUAUCGGGUGCAGAAAAUGAUUCAAAGAGGCGUUUUAUUUCUGAAUGUUUGAACAGUGACAAUGUCAAUGAAAUUAAUACUGAAAAGGUAGCUGAUAGAAAUAGGCAAACUGAAAAAGGAUAUGAUGAAUUGAUUGAAAAAAAUUUAGAAAGUGAUAAGGUUAUAGACAGUUCACCUGAUAGACAUAAAAAGAACACACCUCGUAAAAGGUUUACAGCUAAGUUGGAAACCUUGGGAAAAUUAAUAGAAGACGAAAAGGAAAUUGAAAAUGAAAAAAUAUUAAAAGAUAGUGAAGAAACAAAGAUUUCAACACAGUAUGUAAAAAAGAAGACGUAUGUAGAAUCAGAGUGUAGUGAUUGUGAAGAUGAUGCAGAAUUGUUUGCUAGUGGUGUCAGCGGUGUUGCCAUUUCCAGUGGUGUUGAAUUAACAGGAAAGGGAGCACUUGGUACUUCUACAACAACAACUACUGAAUGGUUAAAGAAAGCCAAAAGUAACUUAAAGGUUCCAGAACGUUUAAGAAAACCAGAAACACAAAUACAGCCAUAUCACAGUGAUUCAGAUAUAGACAUUAUUCCAGAUAUGCCACAAAGCUGUAAAACAUUCAGCAAAAAAGUAUUUGACGAGGGUUUUGUACUUACUCAUAAAAAGUGGUUGCUAGAUGGUAGUUGCGAAAUAACAACUGCGCAUUUGGUUCCAAAAAGACUGUACAGAACAACAUCUGAAGGAAAUGGGAAGAACCUUGGGAAGUGUCUCCAAUGCCAUAGUUGUGCGAUGUAUUUUACUCCAUUAACUUUUACUGUUCACCAUGAUACAAACAGUAUUGUUGAGCAGAUUGACGUGGAUAGAAGCAAACUGCAGAAGUAUUGUUUGCCUCCAAAGGUGAACAGUGAUGCAUACAAAAUCUUCAGAGAUUUCAAUAUUUACUUCGACAACGAAAGAAGUAAGCGUUAUGAUGCAUCACCUGUCAAAUUACCUCGGACAACAACACCUGCGUUAGAUGAUGGUGUAUAUGAAGAUUUACCAAGUGCUCAGGCAAUCUUGAAACAGGAUGCCUCUCAAACAAUCCCUGAAGAUGUUAUACCUGCAAAGGCAAUGGUGUCACCUUCUAUAUACAGGGAAGGAAUGCCAAGCAACCCCCUAUGCGUACCGAAUUCUAAUCUGUUUGUUACCAAGACAUCAUCCAAACCAGAAGAAGUCAUAGGUCAGAUAUCUUCGAAACAAGGAAACACCACAGUUCAGACAUCAGCUAAACCAGAAAACGUCACUCUUCAAGCAUCUUCUAAACAAGAAAACGCCCCGGUUCGGGCUGUUAGUCAACAAGAAAAUAUUACAAUUCAAACAUCAGCUAAGCCAGAAAACACUACAGUGCAGACAUUAUCUAGACCAGAAAACAGCACCGUGGAAUCUAUUCGUAGUACAUCAAGGUGUGAAGCAUUAUCUAUUAGUUCUAUAGAGAGUACACAAGCUGGCAGUAAGAUGGCCACCAAAGAUUUAAAUUCAGAAAGUAUAAAGACUGUUCAUGAUCAGUCUGCUAAUCGCAGGACAAGUAGGUCACCAGUUGGUGGACAGUUUGCUCCAGUGGAAAAAGUGAAACAGAAAGACCCACAGCUGCCUAGACAACUAAGUGGAAAUGUUGAGACACAGAAUCAGCUUGUCUACACAAGUAGUUCGUAUAUGUAUCAACAAACCAAAUCCUCUCUUUCUACUGCUAAAAUGCCUUCACGAGAAAACCAUGACAGACACAGGGUGCAUGCAUCAAUGGUAAAUAGCAGCCCACCUUCAACGCAACCUCUUGGUAUCCAACAUGGGCAUCUUACCUCUGCACAGCAGUUUCAACCAGGGAAUCGGAUUCAAACUGCCCAAGUUCCGCAACAGAAUUCAAUGCUUCAGUUUCAACAACAAAUGGUUCAAACCAAAAAACAACAAAGAAGACAUUCAUUUGUAGACCAAGGGAUGCACCAGUCUCAGCAGGUUAAACCACGGGGAACAAAGAGGACUGACAGACAAGUAUUACAGCAAGGACAUAAAGGGAUGUAUUAUGACAUGCAGGCCAAUUCAUUGCAACAAAGUCCGGCUUAUCAACAAUCUGUGAAUUACAGUUACCAAAAGGAACAGUCACAUUUUGAUUCAGAUUUCCCACAGAAGGUCCCAGUUCUUGCACAUUUAGGAAAUGUACCAAUGUUCAGUUCUCUGACGGCACCAUUGAUGAACCAGAAUAUAUCGGCAUCGAUGAAUCAGGCACAAGUUGAUGCAAGGUAUCAAACCAAACCACCUGUCAACACAAGUGAUUUUACAGGUGUAUCACUUGCCGUGACACAGUCACAAGGUAUACCUGUUGUUUUAUCUGACUGUGUGCAGACUUCUGAGCAGUCAGCAAGUACUAGUAAUGUAACCACACAGAAUGUAAACUUCGCUAUGGCUCUUGCGCAGAUUGAAAUGCCAGGAGUUCAGGAACCAGUACCACCAAAAAAGAGUACACAGUCGAGGGAAAUGAUUGAAGCAGCAAAAGAAGAAAAGAGAAUAAAGCUCUAUAGAGAAUUGUGUGAUCUAGACAACAUUAACACUGGAGAUGUUGGAGUGGACAUUAUUCUGCACGCACAGAAAAGCGUCCUCAGGGGAAUGUCAUUAAUUGAUCCAGAAAUUUUACGUAAACUUGAGGAAAGAUGCGAUACUAUCCUGCAGCAAGGCCAACAACAGCAGCAACAUUUACUGACAUCUCAAUCCGGCAGAGAAAGGCAAAGCAUAGAAGAAAGAGCAAAAUAUUUGGCACAGUUGAAACGAUAUCCACCACCGUAACAGGACAGAUAUGUAUAUAUAUAUAUAUGCAUUGAUCUCGCAACAGAAAAUGGGAAAAAGUAGUACGUACUUCUUCAUCAAAACAACGUUUACCAAAGAAAGAAAGGGACAUAUGCAGCUUGUAUUGCGUGAGGUAGACAGCAAACUACAGAUUUAGAUGUACAGACGUUCCUUACAGUAGGGAAUUCUCGAUGGUCUCCUAUGUUAGAUGUGUACCUUGCUGAUAUGUAUCUGUCUGGAGGAGCUGUUAAUUCAUAUAUACAGAUUUUAUGUAUAAGAAUCUUUGUGUAUCUUCAUGUACAAUUUUAUCAAGCUGUUACUUUAUGUACAAGUGUAUCAACAUUUUUUAUGUACAAUUGUAUUAAGCUUAUAUUUCAUGUACAAAUGUAUUUAGAUUAUUCUAGGUACAUUUAUUCUUACUGUUAUCACAUGUACAGUUGUAUUAAGUUGAUGUUUCAUGUACAAAAGUAUUUAGAUUAUUUUAGGUACAUUUAUUCUAACUGUUAUAACAUGUACAGCUGUAUCAAGCUGUUAUUCAUGUACACAUGUACGUAUCAAGCUGGUAUUUCAUGUACAAGUAUUUCAGCUGAUAAGGAAGCGUAUAGCUUUCCUGUGAAGGCUUUUGUUUUGAAAAAAGGACAUUUAAAUUAUGUUUAAAUUUAAUGUUAACAGUACUGAGUUUGAUAAUUUUAGUGUUUUUUUUAUUUGUUUAAAAAGUCACAGAAAACAUGUUGUAGUCAGGAAGUAUAGUCUGUACACCAGCUUUACAUUUCUGUUUCAAAACGAUCUUCUCUGCCGGUUGCAUGAAAAACAAUAAUGAUUUUAUAAACUGUGUUCCCCGUAUUUACGCCUAGUCAUGUGUCUUCUAGUUUUGUAAAUAGUCCACCAAAUCAUGAUAAAACCAACCAUAUUGUACAACUGUAUUCAUUUUUUUACAGUUAUGUGUUCAGCUCAAGCUAAACAUAGCUUUAUCAUUAUAAUCAUUGCCGCUUUGCUUACAUUAAAAUUGUAGUAGCCAUACUUAACAUGUUUGCCAGGUGCUAUUCUUGUGUUCUUUUGAAUUUUAUUACGUAAAAAAGCAUAAUAAUUGUUCAAUAUAACCCAGACAUUAGAAGCUUCCUUCUUGAAGAUUUACCCCACCAUCUAAGAACCAGAAAAAAGCAGCAAACCGCUGUAUACACACCAAUAUACGGGUCAGUAAGUUCUACAAAAUGGUUUUUUAUUGCAACUGCUUAUUCUGUGAAUAUUGUACCUUUUUCACGUGCAGUGUUUUCCACAUUAUUGAAGAAGUUAAAUUGAAAACAGGCACAUGUUUUGUAAGCCCACAGGUCACGAUCUUUCACAUUAAUUGUAGAUGUUAGCUGCGGAAAUGAAAUACUGGUGUUGUAUUGGACUACAUUAAGAAAUCUAAUUCAUUGCAACCUGAUGUGUUCAAGUUUACACUUCUUUAUUGAAAUAUUAACACAAUAUAUAAACUGUUGUUUUGUUGUCUUAAUAGUUAAGCUUUCAAAGAAAAAGCUGUUGUAAUUUGAAAUUAUAAACGAAUUGAAUUGAAACGGUUGUAAAUGUGUUGUUACUGGUGAAAAGUUACUUGUUUUUAUUGUUAGUAACUACAUGUAAAUGGUUAUUGGUACAUGGUAGAGCUAUUGUUAAUUAAUAUUUUGCUAUUGGGACAAGGUUAAGAAUGUUUGUUAUAAAUGAAUGUUUACAGCUGUUUAUGAGCAAAUGCCACAUCGCUAGAACAGCUACGACUGUUCACAUACUUCACGUUGUUUAAAGAAAUAAUAUAUCACAUCUUCUGAUUUAUCGUUGAAUAAACAUGGUUUGGAGUUCAUAUGCGAAAGAAUUAUAUCACGAGGGAGUCGUGAUAUAACUGUAUGUAUCUGAACGACAGUAAUGAUUUUGUUGAAGAGCAAAUCACUAAAUGAGAUAUAUUAUUUCGAUUCUAACACGUUACCAAGGAUUCUGAACUACAUACUUGACGACAUCCAUCAAAUAUUUGCCGGUUUUCUGUUGAUUUCUUUUCCAGCGCGCCGCAAUGUUGUUUGACACUACGACGUAAUAAUUGUGACGUCCGAAAAAUGAAUUGUAAAAUAGCACACAAGUUUCAACCUUCUUUGUUUAAUAGGACAAUUUAUCAGGUUGUGUUAGAAUGUGUGAUAAAAAUGCAUUUUCCCAAAGUUGCCGUUGUAAUGAGACAAUGAAGAUUGCUGUUUCAACAGCCGCCGUUAGUUAAUGAUUUUGUCGUCGUUUCAGAUAUCUACUCAAUAUCAAUAUGAUAGAAAAAUAUAAGGAAUAGAUUGUGGUUAUUAAGUAACCUUGUGGUGUGGUAUUUGUUUCAUUCAGCAGCGAUUUUUCUUCGUAGAUAGAAACACAUAUUCUUUGAUAUUAAACGUUUUGAAAUUGUA